AUGAAGUCCCAGUUCCUUAGCCUUUAUGGCCUUGCGGCCUUGGCAUCUCUGGGCGUAGGGGCGGCGGCUCGCACGGCGGAGCCCACUGUUGUCUUGUCCGCCCGGUCUUUCAAACACGAAGCGUGCUGGACCGACGAAGAUGCCCUGUCCGGCCCGGGAUUCUCCUCCCCUUCGAUGACGGUGCGGUGGUGUGCUCGCUUCUGUCGAGGAUACGAGUACUUUGGCCUGGCGAACGGCGAUGGACGUGGAUCUACGAGGCUUAGUCUCUACAAGGCCAAGGAGGGCGGCACGUGUCAUGUUCGCCCUUCAUCGACCCGAGCUCAUUCUUCCGAGUCUGAGAUCAUGACGGAGCCAGCCACCUCUACCUCGGCUUCCGAGCUGACUUCGGCCACGAUCGAAUCUGCGCAGACGACCGAAUCAAUCACCGAGUCGGCAUCGGCAACUGAAUCGGAAUCGCCCACAUCUACCGAAGAGGCAAGCGAGUCGACUUCUGAGUCAGCCAUUGAGUCUGAUACCGCGCCUGUAACUGAAUCUGAGACAUCGAGCGCAACAUUGACGCAAUCGCAGCCCGAGACCACUUUCGACGUCACCACGUCGACGUCUGAGUCGGCCACUGAGACUGACGCUGCUUCGACGUCGGAGUCGACGGUUGAGUCGUCUAGCGAAUCGGCCACCGAGUUAUCGACCGAGUCGGAGCCUGAACCGACGACAACCGCAGAGCUCGAGUCAACGACUACUGAAGAUGCUGCGCCGGCAACCACAUCUGAUUCUGAAUCAUCGACAACUGAGGAACCGGAAACGACGGUCACCUCUGAUGCUGAGACGACCACUACUAAAGAACCUGAAACCACGACCGUCACACCCGACGUGGAGACAACCACGGCCGAGGAGCCGGUGGCGACCACAACUGAGGAGCCCGAGACUACGUCUGCUGCAGAGACAACUACAACUGAGGAAUCCGAAACCACGUCUGCUUCCGAUGUUGACACGACCACCACCGAAGAAGCAUCAACAACCACCACUGAGGACCCCGAGACCAAGACCAUUGAAGAUACAUCUACGUCAACGACCGAGACCCCAACCUCAACUCCAACCCCCUGCAUCGACUGCCAGAACCUCCCCACCGGAAACUGGCUCCUCGCCUCGACGUCCACCGGAUCAGGCAUCCUCGAGCUCCGCUACGAUAGCGCCGGCGGAUACUACUACGUAUACAACGAAUGCCCCGCCAGUCAUGGCGGUUAUUGCACCGUUUACAUCGCACAGGUGAUCUCCGUCGAGGCCGGCAUCACGUAUGAUUUUGCCAUUCAGUACCUCAUGUCCAACGUCCGCAACCAGGCCAAUUUCCUCCAGAUUUCUAUUUCGACGUUACCCAGUAGGACCCGGAUAUUCACCGAGUAUUUCUCCUCGGGCAGCACCAACGGGUGGACUGACUUCAGAACUAGCCCGUUCACUCCGACGGUGUCAGGAGACGUCCUUAUCACGGUUAAUUGGUUGAACGACCCCAACAAUGCCCUUGUACUGAUUAGGAACAUUGUCAUGCAGCCCACGGAAUGCCGUAAUCCGCUUUCGGAGUUGACAUGUAAUACUGAUGUAGAGGUCCAGGUGGUCUAG